AGAGGUUUUGGCCAAAGGUGAAGACUUUAUCGUCGUAGAUUAAAUUAAACCCUCGCUUUUGUGUUUCAAGUAGCUUCGGGUUCGUUUUCACUUUCUUGUUUCGAUUGCUGCAGCGAAACCAUCGGAGAAAUCUUUGAAGAUCAUGAGGAAUUUCUCCGAGCAAUAUGGUCGUCGCUCAGGGACCUACUUCUGUGUUGAUAAAGAUAAGGACAUCGUUGAAGAAGUCAGGAACACUGAACGGUAACUAGUCUUGAUCAUGCGGUUUACCGUGGCUAAGCUCUGAUUCCUCCAUAGUGGCCUGUCUUGUCUUUUCUCAUCACAGGUAUGUAACAUUCUCUUUUUUUCAACCCUGUUUCAGUGAUUCUCUGUGCUGAAAAAUAAUAAUCAUAAAUCAUCGCAACUUUU